AUGGCAUCAUUUGCUGUUACCUGUCGUUUCUCAGCUCUGAGGACUCUCCUUCAACCAUCUAUAACACUUAAAAAGACCUACCUCCUUCCUAUAACAUGGCUGACUCAAAGGAGCACUCCACUGACGAAGAAUCUCUUCUCUUCUGGAGUAGAAAAUGAUCAGACAAGCCACCAAUCAUUUGCAUAUCUGUUUGAGAGCUCGAAAUUUGCUCGUAUUCUGAAUCCUGUUGACAAGAAAGUAGAAGGAGAAGUGAUGGCUGUGAUUGGAGACAAACUGUAUAUUGAUUUUGGCUGCAAGUUCCAUGCUGUUGUGCGUCGGCCCGAGGAGAACGCAGAAAGCUUUGUUGAGGGUGCUAAAGUGGUGGUACUCGUGAAGGACCUGGAGAUGUCUAUGCAUCCACUGGGCAGCAGCAAGGACUUGUCUCUGUUAGAAGCAGAAGCUGAACUGUGUGGUUUAGCUGAUACAAUAUAG